CUCAGACACACAGACAGACAGACAGACAGCAGACCGGCUGUCCCAAGCUGCGCUGAUCCUUCACUCUCCAGCAGAAAGCCGGAGUCCGCCUGCCGCCUCCCCUUUAUCACUGGCCACCUGCCUCUCCGAGAAUAACACAGCGGCAUCAAAACGCUCAGGGCGAGCACAACCAAGCAGAGGAGGACAGAGCGCAUACUGACACCUCGGCUUCCAGCAGCCCUCCCUUCCACUAUCUACAACUGUCCUGCGGGAGGACAGGCUGCUCAAAGGGCUCACUUGGCGACCCGGGUUUGUUGUCGUUACCAGGAGAGGAUCGCUCUACCGCUCUCGUUAAACCGGACUGCCUCCUCAGAGGAGCCACUUGCAUGGAUGCACCAUGGCCACGUUUGUCUGCAGGGUUCAGUUUUUAGAUGACACCGAUCCGUUUAACAGCACUAAUUUCCCGGAACCGACGAGACCUCCGCUGUACACGUUCAGGGAGGAUAUCCCUCUCAUCAACCAGUUAGCAGGCAUCCACCGGCUCCUCAAAGCUCCUCACAAGCUUGAUGACUGUACGCUGCAGCUCUCUCACAAUGGCACCUAUCUGGAUCUGGAGUCCUCUCUGGCAGAGCAAAGGGACGAGCUGGAGGGCUUUCAGCAGGAUGAAACAGGGUCCAGAGGGAAGAAGCACAGUGUUAUUCUACGGACCCAGCUGACCGUCCGUGUACACGCCUGCAUCGAAAGACUGUAUAACUCCAAUGGACGUGACUUGAGAAGGGCACUGUUCUCUCUGAAGCAAAUUUUUCAGGAUGACAAAGAUCUGGUUCACGAGUUUGUGAUGGCUGAAGGUCUGACGUGUCUCAUCAAGGUGGGAGCAGAAGCUGACCAGAACUACCAGAACUACAUAUUAAGAGCUCUGGGGCAGAUCAUGCUUUAUGUAGACGGGAUGAAUGGAGUCAUCAGGCACGCUGAGACAGUCCAGUGGUUAUACACUCUGGUUGGCUCAAAGUUCCGUUUGGUGGUCAAAACAGCUCUGAAGCUCCUGCUGGUCUUUGUGGAGUACUCUGAGUCCAACGCCCCGCUGCUGAUCGACGCCAUCUCCUCUGUGGACUCCAAGAGAGGCUGCAAGCCAUGGUCCAAUACUAUGGAGAUCCUGCAUGAGAAGGAUGGAGUGGACACAGAGCUGCUGGUCUAUGCCAUGACCCUCAUCAAUAAGACGCUUGCAGCAUUGCCUGACCAGGAUUCUUUCUAUGAUAUGGUGGACGGUCUGGAGGAGCAGGGCAUGGAGACAGUGUCCCAAAGACACCUGGGACGGAAAGGCACUGAUCUAGAUUUGGUUGAGCAGCUCAACAUCUAUGAGAUGACCCUACGGCAUGAAGAUGGCGACGAUGACAGCCAGCCUCCCCCAACGGGACGCCGGGACCGUCGACGAGUCAGCCUCGGGGGCGGGGACAAAAAACGUGGCCUGGAGAGGAGGCGGAGCCGCAGGGCCUCUCUUGGACGAUCAGGUCACGCCUCCCCCUGCAGCCCUGCGUCCCCACAGAGAGCCGGCUUCCAGCCUUUCAGUGGACAGAGAGCUGAGGACGUGAGUGAGAGAGCACUUUCAGGUUUCCUUCCAUCUAUAGAGGAGGGAUGUGAGGAUGUGAUAGAGGAGGAGGAAGAGGAGACUCCAGUGACCGAGUCUGAUUCGGAUGAGCAGGAGGGGGCUGAAACAGUGUCUAAAGAGACCACCCCCAGCCCCGCUAGACAUCUUCCAUCCGCAGUCCACCGAUCAAACCUCCAGUCCAUCACCAUCACUUCCAGAAAGGAGAAUAUAAAAGACGAGGAGCAGAGGAAUCGGACUGAACAACCGCCUGCGCCCACCCUCCACUCUCCCUCAACCCCCACCUCCUCUCUUCCUGUCUCAUCCCCUCUCAGCCCCCCAGCCCAACCCUCCCUUCUGGCUUCCCUGUUGGCCAGGAAGAGGUCCAUCGUCACCGUCCCGGCUACCAAGGAGGUCAGCCCACCAUUGCGUGGCUCCUCCCGUCCCUCCCCCGACCGCCUGCCCUACCUGCCCCACUCACCCUUCCACCUCUUCUCCUAUGACUUUGACGAGGAGGCGUCGCCCCCGGCUUCCUCCAAACCCAGUGAGGAGUCACCGAAAAUGACGUCCCCCAGGAAUGGAGGUGUCAUGUCUUCUCUCAGCACCCCAAGUACACCCACUAGCCCCAGGCCUGCUUUGGGAGGUCUUCUGUCCUCCUCGUACCGACAACACCAGGAAUCUCUGGCAGCUGAGCGAGAGCGCCGUCGUGUGGAGAGAGAGGAGAGACUGCAGAGGAUAGAGCGAGAGGAGAGGAACAAGCACAGUCGCGACUAUGUGGAUAAAAUGGAAGAGGCCAGACUUGCGCGGGAGGAGAGGUAUAAGAACGUGGAGCGUCUGGCAGCAGAGGAGUAUGAGAGGGAGCGCGUCCGGGUGUCAAGGACACGCCCUGACCUCAACCUGACCUUUGAACCCGCGGAGGCCUGGCCCUCAUCAUCACGCAGCAGCACCCCGUCUUCCUUUGCCUCCCAGGAGGACACAGAGGCUGACCUUGAUGCCAGGACAUCCGCAACCCCCUACACACCAUCUGAGACUGGAGAGGUUGAUGACUCCAGUGCUAGUGUAGAAACAGAGGAAAAAGAGGCCACUGCUGAAGAGGAGGAAGAACAGAAACAGGAGGAAGAGGAGGAAGUACAGGAGGAAGCAGCAGCAGAAAAAGAGGAGGAAGGCGAGGAGUGUGAACAGCAACCGGAAAAGGACAAAGAAGAAGCGGAGGAGGACAGUGGCAUCCUGAGCGACAAGGAAAGACAGAAUGAGGAAGUGAAUGAGAAGGACAACUGCUCUGCCUCCAGCAUCUCCUCUGCCAGCAGCACUCUGGAGAGAGAAGAGAGGGGCAGCAGUGAGAAUGGCUUAAAGGAGGAAGAGGUGAACGAACAGUGCAGCAAACUCCUCAACAGCAAGCUCUUCAUGCUGGACAUGCUGUACUCCCAGAACAAGAAGCCCAGUGAUGAGGAGGAGGAAGAAGAGGAUGCUGAGAAGGAGAAGGAGAAAGAAAAAGAGAAAGAAGAGGGGGAGGACAAAGAAACCCAGGAAGAUGCUGAUGGGCAACUGGGCAGUGACCAGGAGAGUGACAACAGGGCUGACAAAUCAGAACACCGCGGGACCAUCCGACCGUUAGCCGAGCGGUUUGGAGACUUGAUCAAGGACCUUGUUUCGCCCCACCCUCAUCUGGAAUGUCCAGCCAAUGAGCCUCCUCCUCCCCCUCCCAAAAAGGAAUCGGACACAAUCUGGGACCAGCUCCUGGCCAAUCCUCGAGAGCUGCGCAUAGGGGACAUUAACUUCACUGACCUGACCGAGGAUGAUGACAAGGACAUUCUGGAUGCUGUUUUGAUGGGAGGAUGCGGCGAUCUCCCGCCUCCGCCGCCUCUUCCAAUCUGCAUCCCUCGCUUCCCUCCACCCCCUCCCAUGCUAGGAAGCUGCCCCCCACCUCCUCCCUUGUUUGGGAUUAUGAGGCCUCCCCCUCCCCCUUCUCUUAGUGCCCAUAAUCCAGUGCCUCCACCCCCAGAGCCGCCUCUGUUCAACAAGAAGAAGAAGACAAUCCGGCUCUUCUGGAGUGAGGUGCGUCCAACAGAGUCUCAGUAUAGGGACUACAAGUGGAGUGGAGAUUCGUUGUGGUCCAAACUGGAGCCAGUGAAGUUGGACACAGCCAAACUUGAACACCUGUUUGAGUCAAAAUCGAAGGAAAUACCGGUUACCAAGAAAACAGCAGCAGAUGGUAAACGUCAAGAAAUCAUCGUUUUAGAUUCCAAGAGGAGCAAUGCUAUCAACAUCGGUCUGACAGUGCUGCCUCCUCCUCGCACUAUCAAGACGGCCAUCCUUAACUUUGACGAGUACGCGCUCAACAAGGAGGGCAUAGAGAAAAUUCUGACGAUGAUCCCCACAGAGGAGGAGAAGCAGAAGAUCCAGGAGGCCCAGCUGGCUAACCCUGACGUCCCACUGGGCUCAGCAGAGCAGUUCCUCCUCACACUGUCCUCCAUUAGCGAGCUCUCCGCCAGACUCCAGCUUUGGGCCUUCAAGAUGGACUAUGAGGCAACCGAGAAGGAAGUAGCAGAGCCGCUGCAGGAUCUGAAGGAGGGUAUGGAGCAGCUGGAGAAGAACAAAACCCUUCGCUACAUCCUCUCCACAUUGCUCUCUAUCGGAAACUUCCUCAACAGCACCAAUGCUAAAGGCUUCGAGAUGACAUAUUUGGAGAAGGUUCCAGAGGUGAAGGACACUGUUCAUAAGCAGUCUCUGUUGCAUCACGCCUGCUCUGUGGUGGUGGAGAACUUCCCUCAGAGCACAGACCUCUACUCGGAGAUCGGAGCCAUCACGCGAUCUGCGAAAGUGGAUUUUGACCAGCUGCAGGAGAACCUGUGUCAGAUGGAGCGGCGCUGCAAAGCCUCAUGGGACCACCUGAAGGUGAUCGCCAAGCAUGAGAUGAAACCCCAGCUGAAGCAAAAGAUGUCUGACUUCCUCAAAGACUGUGCUGAGAGGAUCAUCAUCCUCAAGAUUGUUCACCGCAGGAUCAUCAACAGGUUCCAUUCAUUCCUUUUGUUCCUCGGUCAUCCAGCUUACAGUGUGAGAGAAAUCAGCGUCCACAGGUUCAGUAAAAUCAUCAGCGAGUUUGCGCUGGAAUACCGAACCACCCGAGACCGCGUGCUGCAGCAGAAACAGAAACGAGCCGACCACCGUGAACGCAACAAGACCCGUGGAAAGAUGAUCAUGGACGUCAACGCUCCUUCUGAUGAUGAAGAGGAGAGUGAGUGUGGUCGGUAUGGCUCCAGCAGCAACAGCAGCGCCCCUAGUGGCAGCCAGGAGAGCGAGCAGCCUCAGGGCCUGGGCCACUCUGAGGAUGCUGCAGAGCACGAGCACAUGAAAGCUGUGCUGAGAACCAGCCUCAGCAGUGGCGACAAAGAGGCUGGCGGAGUACCGGGGCUCCGGACACGGACAAGGUCCCGGCCUGGACGGGGAGGUCGCAGUAUGCAGGCUUGGACACCAGCUGUGGAGGACACUCAGAUCUGUGGUGACGACGCUGCAGAUGAGAUCAUGGAGCGUAUAGUGAGGUCGGCCACUCAGGGUCCAGGGACCAGAGCCCAGCCCCGCGAGAGGAGGAGGUCCAGGGCCAACCGCAAGUCAUUGAGGCGGACUCUGAAGAACGGUCUGACCCCAGAGGAAGCUCUUGCUUUAGGACUAACUGAUUGUCCGGAUACCUAAAUGUGAUCAUCUCACCUCCCUCGUUGCAGUGGAAACACAGCUUCAAUCAUCAGAGCGACGUCUCUGCCAGCCGCCUGCCUUUGCCACACUUUACAGAGUUGUAUUCCACUUGUCACAAACUCCUUUAGGUUGUUGUCAGCUACUAAUUUUGCCUGAUGUGUCUGAGUGAUGAAGCUGCAGCCAUGAUAGUGUUUUUUUUUUUGUUUUGUUUUGUUUUUUUAACUGCAACACAAAGAGAAAGUGAAAGUGACGAGAGAAUGCAUCAAAUAAGGACCGAUGUAUUCAACUAAGUGAGGAAAGGAAAAUUUGAAUUCAGUGAGGCUGCCUCCCCACUGGAUUGUAACAUUUGUUUUUAUUUAUCUAAACAUGUAUUUGAAAUCAGUCCAAAGGGAUAAUGUUUGCUUGUGAGUUUCUGCAGCUGUGACUUCACCAUUUUUUUCGUUUACUUAAGCUGUGAAUUUCAGUUGUAAAGAUCAACAGGCUGAAGAGGAAGUUUAAUUUGUUCUCUUAUUCAGUUUCAAAGAAUCCCAAGAGAUCAGCACAAACAAAGAGGCUUACUAAGAACUAUGAAACGUUUGCUUCUGCAGCUACACUUUUGACAAGUGACGAGUGUAGUUGUGUUUAGUAGGAAUGCGAAAGGUUUUCAAUCUGAUGUGUGCCUUUCAUUUCAAAGGGACAACAUUGUACCUUUACGCCAUCUCUCCCUCUUGUUUCAUGCACCUCCUACUUCUCAAAUAACUCACAAAUGUCACAUUCACAGGCGUAGUUAUAUGGAUGUUGAUUACAAUGAAUUCAUUUUUUUUUUUUUUUUUAAUUUUGGCAGUCUUGUUCUCAGUAUUUAUAUGCAAAGCUCGGACAUCUUGCACCUUGGUUCUAUGUGAACAACUGAAAUGAACAACUGAUUCAAAGCAAAGAAAAAAAGUUUUUAUCUCAGAGGAAGUGUUUGUAAAGUGUAAAAAGACAAAAGGAGAAAGACAUUUUUUAAAUUUAUAAUAAUCUAUUUUGGAGGACAUGCAGGGAAUCCUGCAUAAAAUGUGUAAAUGCCCUUUUCAGCUGCCGGGUACUAAAUGCUGUAGUACUGCAGUGUGCAUGUUUAGUGCGUUUCAUGUGAUGUAUUAUUUUUGUAAUUUCUGUAGAAACUUGUAAUAUAGUGUGAAAGAAAGGCUACAACAAGGCUGUUCUUUGAAUUGUAAUAAAAGAGUAAAAAAAAAAAAAAAA